AUGCAAGAUGUAUUGGACGAGGACUCAGAGAUGGGCGACUGGCUGAUCGAGCGGGACUCCAAACUCGGCGUAGUAUUGCACGACAGAUUGAUGACAGAUGCCGCGCUAGGCGCUGCACCCAUAAAGACAGAACACUCAUACAGCCUCCACUCCGAUGUCGAAUCUGCACCACCCUCGCCACACCACACCAAAGUUGACGAUAUGGAAGAUGAAUGCUAUCCUGCCAUACCAGCCAGCGCGUGGCGAAGCAGGCGGCGGUCCAGCGACUCACCUCCUCCAGAAGUAAAGGCGGAACCAAAAUCUGAGCCCGAGUCCCCCGCUUCAUCAUGUCCCCCCUCGCCUACCCCUGGCACGCCAGUUACACACGUCGAUUACGUCAUAGACCACACGACCGGUACAAUCCACAUGCCACAAGCCGUGCUACAGAAGGUGGGGGCGGCGGGCGUGCCGCAGUUGCUCUUGAGUGCGGCCCCGCGCAUCGCCAACUCUUUGAACAACAACAAACUCUCCAUUAAAGUCACGUCUUCAGGCACUUCAGCAGGUUUUAACCUGCCGCCCACACCGCCGUCGUCCCUCUCAUCUUCGGACAGCGAGGGCGCCCUGUCCCCCGCGCACGAGGCCGCGCCGCCGCCCGCGCCUGCCGCGCCCGCCCGUCGCUCGCACCUGUACGUGUCGCAUCACUCGCGACAACCGAUAAACACGCCGCUCAUUAGCAGCCAGCCGAAAGGCUCAACCGGUACGCUAGUGUUGACUGAUGAAGAGAAACGCACACUAUUGGCCGAGGGCUACCCGGUACCAACGCGCCUGCCGCUCACCAAGGCUGAAGAAAAGUCUCUUAAAAAAAUUAGGAGGAAAAUUAAAAAUAAGAUAUCAGCGCAAGAAAGCAGGCGUAAGAAAAAAGAAUACAUGGACCAAUUAGAAAGAAAAGUAGAAAUAUUAGUAUCUGAAAACUCAGAUUAUAGGAAAAGGGUAGAGACCCUGGAGCAAACCAACGCGAAUCUUCUGAGUCAGCUGGCAGCUCUGCAAGCGCUCGUCACCCGCGGCUCUAGGAAG